AUGGGAGGGCGACGAACAAAGUACAAGCAAGAGCCUCCAGCUCCACUUCGCAAUCCAAAUGAAACUCGCCCUUCGACAAAAAGGCUCGGGAAACGAAAGGCAAAUGUAGAUCAUGAGCCUGAACCAAGUACCAACAGCCGUCCCACGAAAAAAGCUAAGGCAGAUAAACCUUCGGCCUCAAAGAAGCGGACGAAGGAUCCAGAGAAGAUAUCAAAGGUUAAGCCUACACCUACCAAAGAAACAAGCAUACCACUCUCAGAAGAAGGCGAAAGCGAUGGGUGGGAAGCCGCUAGUGAUUUGGAAGAUGUCGAUGGUUUCGCGGUAGACGGUCUGGAUGACUUGGACAUCGAUGAGGACGAUGACCUUUUACGAGGGGUUCCGGAAGAAUUGGAUCUUGGCUCAGACGAUGAGGAAGUCGCACUGUUCCCACAAAAAGGCCGGAAAUCUAAACAGGCUGAACGUCCAACCAAAAUUAUUCCAACAGCCUCAGAUGAAGACUCCGAUGAUGAGUCUGAUGACGAGGACGGGCCAAUUACUGCCAAGAAUAUUGAAUUCCGCUCUCGUGCCCUCGAUGAGGAGGCUGCUCGUGAGGCGGAGCUUGAUCUUGAGGAGAUGCAGAACGCUGCCUUGGAUGCCAGUGACGACGAAAUUGACAUGGAAGGGGAGGAAGAAGACACAGAGGCAUUUCAUUUACCUACGGCUGAAGAGAGAGCAGAGGAGAAAAACCAUGUUGCUGAUGUCCAUGUCGUUCAGCGGAGGAUGCGAGAAUGUGUCCGUAUCUUGGGCAAUUUCAGCAAACUGGGCGCAAAAGAUCGGUUACGGUCGGAAUAUGUCGAGCAGCUCGUCUCCGACAUCGCUAGUUACUAUGGAUAUAAUGAUUUUCUUGCCGAGAAGCUAUUCCAGCUAUUUCCAGUUUCUGAGGCGGUCGAGUUCUUCGAAGCAAAUGAGGUAUCAAGACCAGUGACUAUCCGAACAAAUACACUUAAAACACGAAGACGAGACCUUGCGCAAGCCCUCAUCAACCGUGGUGUCAACCUUGAGCCGAUAGGCAAAUGGACCAAUGUUGGUCUCCAAGUUUUCGAAAGCAGCGUGCCCAUAGGUGCGACACCCGAGUAUCUCUCUGGCCACUAUAUGCUUCAGGCAGCUUCAUCAUUCCUUCCCGUCAUCGCAUUAAGCCCUCAACCGAACGAACGUGUGCUUGACAUGGCAUCUGCUCCUGGAGGCAAAACGACGCACAUUGCUGCACUCCUACAAAAUACUGGCAUUGUUUUUGCCAAUGAUGCGAACAAGGCACGGACAAAGAGUCUGACGGCAAACGUGCAUCGUCUAGGAUGCAAAAACGUCGUCAUAUGUUCAUACGACGGUCGGGAGUUUCCCAAGGUAAUGGGUGGGUUUGACAGGGUCCUUUUGGAUGCGCCAUGUAGCGGCACUGGUGUUAUCAGCAAAGACUCGAGUGUGAAGGUCAACAAAUCUGAACGUGAUUUCCACCUCCUCUCGCACCUCCAGAAGCAACUCAUCCUCUGCGCCAUCGACAGCGUCUCUCCCGACUCCAAAACGGGAGGAUUUCUGGUCUACUCCACGUGUUCUGUCACUGUUGAUGAAAACGAGGCUGUCGUCGAUUAUGCGUUGCGAAAGCGCCCGAACGUGAAACUGGUGGACACCGGUCUUGGCUUUGGCAGGGAUGGUUUUACAAAGUAUCGUGGAAAGACCUUCCACCCAAGCGUGAAGCUGACAAAGAGGUUUUACCCCCAUGUGCACAACAUGGAUGGGUUCUAUGUCGCAAAAUUCAAGGUGGAAAAACGGACCAAGAUAAAAGCUGGUACGCAGGAAGCCGGGUCGACUAAUACAGUCGAUGGAGAUGAGCAGCAAGAUGUUGGAUUUGAUUCUGAUGAGGACAGAGCGUUCAUCGAAGAGGGGAAACGUAUUCAGAUGAAGGCCAAGGGUCUGCGCGUACCUCACAGACGACAAUCAGAUAUAGCGGGCAAGGUGGUGAAAGCAGCCGCGUGA